UCGGUCGGAGCCAUUACUGCCGGAAAAGGUCCCACAUAGCUCAGCAGCCAAGAUGUGUGACUUCACCGAGGACCAGACCGCAGAAUUCAAGGAGGCUUUCCAGCUGUUUGACCGAACAGGCGAUGGCAAGAUCCUGUACAGACAUUGUGGGGAUGUGAUACGGGCCCUGGGCCAGAACCCUACCAACGCCGAGGUGCUCAAAGUCCUGGGGAACCCCAAGAGUCAUGAGAUGAAUGUGAAGGUGCUGGACUUUGAGCACUUCCUGCCCAUGCUGCAGACUAUGGCCAAGAACAAGGACCAAGGAACUUACCAGGAUUAUGUUGAAGACCUUCGUGUGUUUGACAAAGAAGGGAAUGGCACUGUCAUGGGUGCUGAAAUCCAUCAUGUCCUAGUCACACUGGGUGAGAAGAUGACAGAGGAAGAAGUAGAGAUGCUAGUGGCGGGGAAUGUGGACAGCAAUGGUUGCACCAACCUUGAAGAGCUUGUCUGGAUGGUGCUGAAUGGCUGAGGACAUUUACGUGUCUCGAGCCUACUCCUUGCCCAGUGUGAGAUUUCUGUGUGGCCCCAGAGGCUCCCUAAUCACAGCACCUUGCCUGUCUGGUUUCUUUUGGAUGAUGUUUGCCUUCACCAAAUAAAACUUGCUCUCUGUGCAAAAA